CCCUCAGGCCUGCCCCUCUCUCUUCCCACUCCCAGCUCCAUCCUGCACUCCAAAGGGGUCUUGUGUGUGGGCAUGUCAGCCCACAUGUCCAACUUCUGUCCAUGCCCAGCCACGAACAGCCACGUUGUCACUGCCCCUCUAGACGAUGUGCAGCCUAAACUGGAACACCACCUCCCUCUGCGCUGACACGCACGCUCUCCAACACACACAGAGAAGAAGAAAGCGAGGUGCACAACGAUGUGACCUCUACCAUGGUGGACCUUCUGAGUCCUGAGACAUGAGACAUAUUACCCACUAAACAUCAAUGUAAAUUUAAACUCAUCUUUAAGGAAACCAGCAGCAACCUGAACAAAUGUUUCUGAUGAAACGUCAUGAGAAAAAAAGGCAGGUACAAAACUAUGCAAUUUCCACUCCUAUGACAUGUCUGCAAGAGGCAAUCCACAGAGACAGAAGGUAGACCAGUGGUGCCAGGGGCUGGGGGAUGGGGAUGGGCAGUGACUGCGUAACGGGCACAGUGCUUCCCUUUGGGGUGAUGAAAAUGUUUUGAAUUAGAUGGUGAUGAUGGUUGUACGACAUUGUGACUAUACUAAAAGCCACUGAAUUGCACUUUUGCAAUUAAAAUGGUCAAAAUGGUGAAUUUUAAGGGGUGUGAAUUUUACCUCAAUUAAAAACCGAAAAUGAACUAAAUGCCUACAAAGGGCUAGGCUUGAGUUUUUGGAAUAUUCGCUUAUAUGGAACUCUUCUUAGUUUCUCAACUCCUGCCAGUCCACUGUGCGUGGAUGCCCCACAGCAGAAACUCCGGUAGAAAUUUAGAAUGACGAUGCAAAGCCAGGUGAAAAGCCAGCUUCGGUUGUGCCCCGAGGUAGUAAACACAUCUUCCCUCACGCUCGGCCUCUCCCAGGGUAUCACAUACGACUGCCAGGAGGAAAACAAGAAUCUGUGUCCAUAAAAAACGGAAUGCCUGCUGUUAAUUGUUCAUAGAAAAAAGGCCUGAAGAGAAACACACCAGCAUCUUGAGAGAGAACAUCCAAAGGUUAGGAUAGUGGGUGAAAUGGCUUCCCCGAUGUUUAAAAUUAAAAAUACAUUUUAUAGUUAAAAAAGAGGGGCAACUCAAAUGUCUAAAAAUGAGGGAGAGGCUGCGUGGGAUACGUGGAGCCAUGGGACUCACGCUCUUUACUACUAAACAGAAGUGUGCAGGUUGUCACCUGCUGCCGUCGCAAGAAGCUCUUGAUACGCUGUUUGUUAAGUAGAAAAAGCAGGUUACAAAAGAAUAUGGAGGCCGUGACCCCGUUCUGUUUAAAAGGUAAGGCAUAAAAGGACAUACGCUGACAGGGUCGAGCUGUUCUCUCCUAGGGCCUAGCGAUUAUGAGUCUUUCUUUUUCCUUUUUUUGCUAAUUUCUAUUGUCAACUCCCCUACCCGUUUUUCCCUACAAUGAACAUGUAAUGCUUCUGCAAUAAAAUAAAAAUUUCUUUUUAUUGUAAGAAUGUUGUGUGUGGCUAUAGAUUGAUUCUCAAGGCUCCGCUGAGGACAAUGAAAAUGGCUGAGUCUCAAGUCCAGACCCCUACCAGAGAAGAUAUUCUAAAUAAGACAUCGGGAAGCAGCGGGUCAGAAUUUAUCUCGCACAGCCCAGGCCCCAUCUCCCACCGUCCACCUUCCAAACGCUCGGGGCCACACUGACCUACUCGCCAUUUCCCGUGGCUCCUCUGUGCCUCUGGACCCACUGCUGCCUUUGCCUUGAAUGUCCUUCCGCUAACCCUCUCUCACAAACUUCCGCUUACCCCUUAAGACGCGACGCUCAAUUUCCUCAUCAGAGCACCUUUCAUUGCCACUCAAAAAGAAGGUGUUUUGUCACCACCUUCAACGCAGCACACAGGCAUGUGACUCAGUGUAUUCUCAUUACUCGAUUAGAGCCCUGGGUUUAAUGAUUUGGGGGACACUCAGCACACGGCGUUCUAUCGGCUUCUGGGGUGGGCCUGAGUCCUCUUCCCACCAGAAGGCUGGCAGGUGGCCUGAGAAGGCCUUCAGAGGGCUUCUCUACCCACCUGAGAGGGUCUGAGUUCAACUGAAAAGCCAACUCCGGUCUCUUCACAAAGGACAGAGGUCUCCAUAGAAGAUGCAUAUCUAAAGAAUGGAUUUGAGGACUUGCUGAAGACAAGCGACAAGAGGCCCCGCCACCACGCAGUGAGUGCCAGGCUGCUCUUUCUCCAUCUACAGGUGACACUUCCAGCCUGGGUGGGGUGGGCACUGUGCCAGCCCCGAGGGCAUGAGAUGAAAUGAGGCCGCCUCGACCUUCCAAGGGCUUCCAAGGCUGGGGAGACAGGCUCGGAGGAGCAGCAUGGGGGAGGCGAGGGGCCGCACAGCAGGAGCAGAGACUCGGAUCAAAGCCUGGUUCUGCCACCAAACAGGCCUGUGACUGGAGAAGUUGUGGCUUCUCGAGACCGCGAAUCCCUCUUAUUGAAAACCCCCAUCUUGGCUUCUGCAGCCUCCUCAGAGCCUUGCACGGCACCCAGAACUCACUUAACUCUCAGGGACAAAGAGGGUGUUCUCUAGAAGAAAGCUGUUUGGGUCACUCUGUGAUUUCAAAGAUGCCCCAUGGUACAAGGUGGCACAUGCUAAGACCAAACGGAUGGAUCAGACAUCCACGCCCCGGGCUUCUAAGGGAGCAGGCACUCUGGCUCAAGAAACCAAGAAAAGCCUCUGGGAAGAGCUGGGCUCUAUUCUCAGGGACAGAAAACGCCUCCCAAGAGAGAAAGCCAUGGAAACCGGCAGCCGAAUGGCUCCUGGACGAGGCCCAUGCAGCCAGUGGGGAGUGCAGCUCUAGCUGGGAACGCCACAGGACAGGCAAGACAUGCCAGCCCUCCCCGCCCCAGAGGAAGGGUUCUCCCAAGAAGCCCGAGAAGCCCGAGCACUUCCGGAGGCCAGCACCAGGCCCUUUGUUGGCUUCAGCCCCUGGGGAAAGGAGGAACAUGCUCACCCUCUCCCUCAGCUCAGAAUGGCUUUCAAAGGUCCAGGGCAGACCGCGGUCCAUGGGGAAAGGGAAACCCGAGGAGACGAAGGAAGAUCCUGGGCCUCUAGUCACCACCCUGACUCAAGCAGCUUCCUCCUGGUCCCACUGGUUAUACCUGGUCGGCAGGGGGCAGCGGGACCUGCCUCCCCAGCCCCACCCAGAGCCCUGCUGCCAGGCUCAGAGCAGCAGGUCAGCUGCUCAGCACAGGUGCGGCCACACCUGAGUGCCCUCAACUGGCUUCACCCAACCCGACAGCUUCCCACCGGCAUUUGCACAUGGAACCUGAUCUUUCACAGGCAGGGGAGUCGGUGACUGGAGCCUUCCUGGUUUCCAGUCCCAGCUGAGCCCCCGGGGACUGCCCCCGACUCUGCUCGUAAUGCCACACACAGCGCCCUCUUCGUACCUCGAGGGCGUCCCUGCCUGGGAAGAAGUUCCAUCCAUGGGUCGCCCCCAUCCCCUGCUGCUUGCAAAGGGUCCAAAUCUCUUAAAUUUGGGUUUCGCUCCACUCCCUUGCCCCACGUAGAGCAAUCCUCCAGUUCCACGUGGAGAGAAAACGGUCAGUGAAACUGAAGAGGGAAUUAGAAGCUGACAUGAACCCGAAUGCUGACCCCGCCCAGCCCAGGAAUUCUGGCCUGAAUACGGCCCCAUGCUCUGCACUUGAGCCCCGCUCCUGGGGAAUUCCAGGAGCUUCCCGAGGGUGGGCCUGGCCCUGGGGCUCUCUCAGCACGGGACGUGGCCUUGUCCCCACUCAAAGCCGCCUGCAGGGCUCUGGAGUCUGAGUUGGGGGUAAAACACAGCCCACAGUAAAGGCCAGAACAUGAGCUGGUUGCAGGAACGACACGGAAUCAAUGUCAAGGAGACAGGGAAGCCAGUCACAUCCUCAUCAUCAUUUGUUCAAACCAAAAA